AUGAACGGCCAUCGCAGCUACUUUCAAGAGCCUGACAUUUGGCAGCAGGCCCCCGUCCUCACGGGAACCACCGAGUUCGAGCCUCGCUCAGAUGUCAGAAAUAUCAUGAUUACCGGCGGCGCAGGCUUCAUCGCUUCCUGGGUUGUUCGCCAUCUCACUUUGACAUACCCCCACGCUUACAACAUUGUGUCGUUUGACAAGCUCGAUUACUGUUCUGCUCUCAACAACACCAGAGCCCUCAACGACAAGCGCAACUUUACGUUUUAUCAUGGCGACUUGACCAACCCCUCCGAAGUCCUCGAUUGCAUGGAGCGCUAUCACAUCGAUACCGUGAUGCACUUUGCCGCUCAGUCGCAUGUGGAUCUGAGUUUUGGCAAUUCGUACAGCUUUACCCACGCAAACGUCUAUGGCACCCAUGUUCUUUUGGAGAGCGCCAAGAAAGCUCGCAUUAAGAGAUUUAUCCAUGUAUCAACAGACGAGGUUUAUGGCGAAGUUGGCCACGGCGAAGACGAACUGCAGGAGUCCAGCAUCCUAGCUCCAACCAAUCCUUACGCUGCAAGCAAAGCUGCCGCCGAAAUGAUGGUCCAUUCAUAUCACAAGAGCUUCAAGCUCCCGACCAUUAUUGUUCGCAGUAAUAACGUCUAUGGUCCUCACCAAUAUCCUGAGAAAAUUAUACCCAAAUUCAUCUCCCUACUCAACCGAGGCCACCCUGUAGUUCUCCAUGGGGAUGGCAGCCCAACCCGGAGAUACCUUUUUGCUGCAGACGCCGCGGAUGCGUUUGAUACGAUACUUCACAAAGGCCAGAUCGGCCAUGUGUACAACGUUGGCUCUGCCGACGAAAUCUCGAACCUCGAGUUAUGUGGCAAGAUCUUAUCCGCCAUGGAGAUUGCCCAUGACACUCCAGAGCAGUUCCGAAAAUGGGUCAAGUACACUCAUGAUCGGCCGUUCAACGAUUGCAGGUAUGCUGUCGACUGGUCAAAGCUGCGCAAUUUAGGCUGGGAGCAAAAGACCACGUUUGAAGAGGGCCUGCAGAUGACGGUAGAAUGGUACCGGCGCUUUGGCGAGCAAUGGUGGGGAGACAUUAGUCACGUCCUCACUCCGUUUCCCAUUGUUAGCGAAGGCGAAGUUGUACCCGACGUUGAGCAUCUCGCCAAGGAUGAUCCUCCAACACCCGUCGAAGAUUACCCCCUAAAUGGCAUUUCUCAUAAAGCGAGCUGA